UACUGCGCUCGUGUGAGGGAAGUCACACAAAUAAAGUCUAAUAAUACCUUCGGUUCUGCUGCCUCUUCCGCGUAGUUAUGAAAAACCUUCAUUUCAAAGAUUUUUUCUGGAACUCGGAUCUUACUUCCACUGGUGGCUAUGACGCCAUCAUCCAGUAUCUCGGUGAUGGCAAAAGGACAUGCAAAGAAGUAGAGGACUUCAUGAAAGCCAGGGCAUCAAUCGAAGAGAAGUAUGCCAAGGAUCUGCUUGGUUUGUCCAAGAAGGUGUGUGGAUUCCAUGAGAUGAACACUUUAAAGAGAUCCAUGGACAUGUUAAAAUUACAGACCGAAAAUGUGAGCGUGUCACACUUGCAGUUGGCACAGAGCCUGAGGGAAGAGGCCAAAAAACUGGAAGAGUUUAGAGAAAAGCAGAAAGAAGCCAGGAAGAAGACAGAACACCAAUUAGAUGUUCUCCACAAACAGAAGUCAUCUCAGUUUAAGAAGACAAUGGAUUCAAAGAAGGCAUAUGACCUGAAAUGUCGAGACAAAGAAGAAGCAGAGCAGAAUGUGAACCGAAACACCAACACCACCAACACCAAGCACAUUGAGAAGCUACACUCAAAAGCACAUCUGGCAAAACAGAAUGCAGAAGAAGCAGACAGGUUGUACCAGCAGAAUGUGACCAUGCUGGGAAAGAUAAGAGACGAAUGGCUGAAGGAGCAUGUCAAGGCUUGUGAUGUGUUUGAAAAACAGUCGGUGGAGCGUAUUAACUUUCUGAGGAACACAAUGUGGACGCAUCUUAACCAGCUUUCCCAGCAAUGUGUCAACAGUGAUGAGCUGUACGAGGAAGUAAGGAAGUCACUGGAGCAGUGUGACAUCCAGGAAGACAUUGAACACUUUGUAAACCUCAGAUGGACCGGAGAAAAACCACCAGCUCCUGUUGUGUACGAAAACUUUUACAGUGGUCAGAGGUCACCGACAGGAGCUCCACCCUCUCGACUGCUUCCACCAAUCAGGAGGGGCCCAUUACCUGAACCAACACACAACAGUAGAGAUGAUGCACAGUUCUCAGAGGAUGCAGACUACAGUGUCAUCCAGUACUAACACACACAUCUCCUGCAACUUUGUCACGAACAUCAGAUUUCCCUAUUAUUUCUCAUCACCCUUUGUGUGUCCUCUAAACAUACUGA